AUGUUUUCUCACUCGAACGGAAAUGCUACAAAAAAGACAGCACUGAUCGUCGUCGACGUUCAAAAUGAUUUUAUUUCUGGAUCACUGGCACUGUGUAACUGCCCUUCAAAACAUAAGGGGGAAGAAGUUGUGCCGAAAAUUAAUGAGCUUGUUGAAUUGCCGUUCUGGGAUUUGGUGGUCUAUUCAAAAGACUGGCACCCUCCAAAUCACAUCUCAUUUGUGUCUAACACUCAUUUGUUUCAUCCCCAUAUGGACAACAAAUGUGAUCUUACCAAUCCUUGCGUUUUUGACCAUGUUAUUUAUGAUGUUGAUAGCACCGUCGUGGAGCAAGACCUGUGGCCUGUACAUUGUCUACAGAACUCAGAAGGAGCUGAAUUCCAUAAGGAUUUGAAAAUUGUGGAAGGAGGUGUAGUUGUACACAAAGGCUUGAAUCCAAACAUAGAUUCCUAUUCUGCUUUUUUCGAUAAUGGUCGACGCUCUGAAACUAUUUUGCAAUCAGUAUUGAGAGAUAACAGGAUUUCAACACUGUAUGUGUGUGGACUAGCGACAGAUGUUUGCGUAAAUUUUACAACUUUCGAUGCUCACAGCCUUGGGUUUGAAACGUAUGUUAUCGAGGACUGCUGUCGUGGAGUACACGAAGAAAAUAUCGAGAAAACAUUCAAAGACAUGAAGGAAGCAGGGAUUAAAGUUGUAACUAGUGAGGAUGUUCCAAAAAAUAAAGAAACUCAGAGCUAA